AUGAAUUACAUAUAUUUGCCUCCAGUUCUUGAAAUCGUCGAAUGUGAAUUCAAAGACAUCAGUGUCAUUGCAGAUAGUGGAUCUGCAAUCAAUUUCGAUCAUCCUAUGUAUGAAUUCCUUUCAUAUGAUCCUAAGAUCAAAAUCGACAGCUGUCUUUUCUUGAACUGUGUUAGUGACUCAUGUCCAGGUGCGGUUCGCAUCAACUACACUCAUGCACAAGUUUCUAUCAACAAAAUGUGUUCACUAAACUGUGGAGGAAAUUACUAUACAAUAUUUUGUAUUUUAACCAAUUCAUCUGCUCACAUCAACGCAUCAACAAUAUUUUCAACACAUGAUACUAUAACGCAAUACGAACGCUAUGCUUCAGGUAUUAACCCUCUUCCAAAAUAUAUUGGUAAUUACAGUAUUUCUUUUUUGAAUGGGCUCAAUCAUACACAUGGAAAGUAUUUCACAGCACCUCAUGAUGGAUUAGGAGUUAAUGUUUCUUAUUCUCAUUUUGAAAACUUAUCAUCACUAUCAUUUCUUGGAAUUGAUAAUUCAAAUAUUCUGAAAUGUAAUUUCAUUGAAGUGACAUGCGAUAUAACAUAUGGAAUCAAUUUAAAUUAUAUUUUCUAUGAGUGUGUAUUUGAUAAAACAAAUAUAAUCGACAAUUUCGAGUAUCGUUUCAAAUCGCCAAUUGAAAAAAUCAAUGAAACAUUUAUAAAUUGUUAUAUCAAGAAAUAUAACGAGACAUUUGAUGGCAAAAUUAUUUCUUUAGAUUUAUAUUUGAACAACAAAUGUAACUUCCCAAUUGAUAGAAAAGAUAGAACCCUAUUGAUUAUUAGUUUGGUUGUUGCCUCAGCUACUUUAUUAAUUCUUUCAUCAGUUCUCAUUACAUUCUUCAUAUAUAGAAGAAAACAAAAUGUUAUUGAUGCGCGCCAUACCCUAGAACAGAACUUGUUAAAUGACUUUGGAUAA